AUGAACGAGUCUGUUUACCCCAGCAACCAAUCACAUGCAGCCGUGCAGCCCAGUUAUGGAAAUAUUUUGGCUGCUAUUUUGGGAAGUCUUCUGAUAAUCUCCACGUUAAUUGGGAAUUCUCUCGUGUGCAUAAACUUUUACUUGUUUAAGGAACUCAGAACUGUGUGCCAUUAUUUCGUCAUAAGUCUUAGUGCAGCGGACAUCUUGGUUGCUUUGGUAGCUAUGCCUUUCUGGUGUGCUUUGCAGGUCACUUCAAAUCAAUGGUUGUUUAGUCAGGAGUUGAGAAUUUUUUGGAACUGUAUGGAUAUUUUGUGCGGAAGCGCUUCAAUUAUGAACCUUGCUGCUGUUUCAAUCGACCGACAUGCAGCUAUUACAGAUCCCUUUUCCUACCAAAAUGUUAUGACUUCCGUGCGAGCAAUCGGCAUGAUUGUUUUUGUUUGGCUAUACUCCUUACUAGUCUCAGGACUGCGGUUAGCGAGUUGGCCCACGAAGUCAAGCUAUAUGCUUUUCAUCGCCCUUUCUAGCUUCUUCUUGCCCUUGUUUAUAAUGAUCGUCAUGUAUGUAAAGAUUUACUUUGUUGCGAGAAAACAAGCGCACCUUUUAAGAAGAGGCAGGAGCUAUGCGAAGGAUGUGAAAGCUGCCAAGACAAUCGCUCUUUUGAUUGGUUUGUUUGUCAUUUGUUGGGGACCAUUUUUCGCCAUCAUUCUUUGCUUUGCUUACGAUCAGUCAUGUCCAGUACCAAGCUCACUGUUUAACGUUAUCAAGUGGAUGGAGUACACAAGCUCAUUUCUGAAUCCAAUUAUCUACACUUUCCUUGAUCGCAGUUAUAGAAGAGCCUUUCGUAAACUUUGCAAGCUUGUACGCAAAAGUCGUCACCAAUCCAAUUCGUCUACUACUGCAGGAUCUCAGCUAAGAGACGGAGGCUCGUUUACAGGCAGCCAUCAAGCCUCGGACAGUGUUGUGGAUCCAAGACGCAAGCGAACUGGUUCAAUUAUUGGUGCCUGUUUGGGACCCAGCAAAGAUUCAACAGUCUAG